UAGUUGUGUUAGAGAAGCGUAAAAUAACUUGAAAGAAUCACUUCGCAAGAAUACAAAAGGGAUCAUUCACUGCAAAAUCACAAGUUUGUAGAGACAAUAGGUUUGUGGUCUUUCAAUUCUUCGUUUGUUUUUUCAUCAUGUCAUAGUUAGCCGCAAUCAGGGCAUUGUUUUUGAUUGUUUCGAUAGCUUCUACGAGAAACAAAGUUGAAAACGCGAGUGCAGCAAUAGUCCUCCAAGCCCAGCCGAUUAUACUCACGGCAUGUUGUAAGCCUACGGCGAAGAAUACAGGAAUUCAUAUGGCCGGGAUUUUCGUACAAAUUCUUGCCACCUUCUUUUCUGUGUGGACAAUUUGUGAGGCCUCAGUAGGCGAUGAUGUUACGGAAUCUUGUGUGAUACCAACCCUUUCUGGCAAGGGUUAUGUGGCCUUCACUGGCAAAAUAACGACUUUGUUUCACCAAACGCACGAUCGAAUCACAGUCUUGGUUCACGUGGCCAAUGUGUAUCGAAGGGACGCGAAUCUAAACAGCUUUUCUGUUAUAAAUGCGGUGGAGAGAGCGGCCUCUUGCGGACAUCAACAUAAACAAGGUGAUCUAAGACUCUGGGUUACAAAACGACAUUCUAGUGGAAUGUUGACAGCCGUCGCUUCGUUGCCAGUCACGAUGCAAAUGGUGGACAAGGUACUCAAAGCUCUACCAGGUAGGAGCGUUAAGUGA